AGAGGGAGAGAGAGAGAAGGAGGAGAGGGAGAGAGGGAAGGAGGAGAGGAAGAGAGGGAAAGGAGGUCAGGUGGGGGCGGAGGAGGGGGCCCUGACAGGAGCAUGGAGAAUUUUUUUAACAUUUAUGUUUUUACAAUCUUUUCUGCCUCCGCCAUACUUUUUGGUCAACUUAAAUGUAAUUAAUGUACUGAAUUAUAUAUUUUUUUAAUUGGUACACAAGAAAGCAGAAAGUUGGAUGCAAAUUUUUGGAUGGUAGAUAAAUAGAAAGGUAAAGAAACAGGUAGAAGACUAGAGAGUGGAGAGCAAGAUAACUGGGUGGGGCCAAUAGUGCUGAGUGAGACUGAUCGCUGUUCAUUCUCUUGGCUGGCAGUCAGUGCGUGUGCCCACUAUAGGAUAAUGGUCAGGAUGGCAGCAUGGGCAGAGCUAGGCAGCGUUUGCCAGUGUGCCAGGGACAGAGGGCAAGCCUAUUGAGACGCAGUGUGAUGGACACAAUGGGUGCGACAGACUUGCUGCAUCAACAGGCUUUUUGCUGCUGUGGCCAGAAAUAAACCAUAAAUACCCCCACUGGCAUCCACCAACCGCUCGCCAGGCCUCCACAACCGCACACACCCUCACACUGAGACAGACAGGAAAAAGAAAGAAAAGAAAGAGGGAAGACGGAGAGCUUGGCUUGUACGGGGUGCGGUGAAGCACAAGCCAUCCAGAGAUAAAAAUGACAGAACAGCAGGGAACCCCUGACCAGCUGCCUGCAGAGAAGGGACAAGGAGGGGCUGGAGCCACAUAUAAGCUGACAGUAUUUGAAUAUGAGAACUUUCGUGGCAAAAAGAUGGAGUGGUCUGGAGAAUGUAAAGAUGUGUUUGAGAAGGCACAAAGAGUUGGCUCAGUCAUUGUGGAGUCGGGACCAUGGGUGGGGUUUGAGCUUCCAGGUUUUGCAGGAGAGCAGUACGUGCUUGAGAAAGGAGAGUAUCCUCGCUGGAGCACCUGGACCAACUGGCAGACUAACUACAAUCUGAGCUCCUUCAGGCCUCUGAAAGUGGAUAGUGCGGAUCACAAGCUGUUCCUGUUUGAGAAUGCAGGCUUUGAAGGCAGAAAGAUGGAGAUUGUUGAUGAUGAUGUCCCCAGUCUGUGGGCUCAUGGUUUCCAGGACCGUGUGGCCAGUGCUAAGGCUGUCAGUGGAACGUGGGUGGGAUACAUGUAUCCAGGCUACAGAGGGCGCCAGUAUGUGUUUGAGCAUGGAGACUUCAAGCACUGGAACGAUUGGGGAGCCACUGCACCUCAGAUCCAGUCCGUCCGACGUGUGCGGGACAUGCAGUGGCAUAAGAGAGGGUGCUAUAUUGCCCCUGCACCUGCCCCCACCCCUGCACCUGCCCCCACCCCUGCCCCAACCCCUGCCCCAGCCCCGACCCCCGCUCCUGUCCCUGCACCACCCAAUCCCAAACCCAAUCCCAACCCUGCUCCCAACCCCAAAUCCCAAGCUCAACCCCAACCUUAACGCCAAACCACUAGCACCUCCCACAGUCACUGGGGAACGCUGAAGGCAGCUGGCCAGGCCCCAGUCUCUCCUCCAUGCUCCUUAUUAGUUUAGGCAAUCUUAACCUGCAACUUUGGAAAACAAGAACUGACAAUAAUGAAACAUGUAUCUCUGUUGGAAAUAAAGGUUUUGGCCCUGA